AGCAAAAGGGCAAGGAAAUUCUGCGGCUGCAACCCUCGAACGCAACACAAAAGUGGCAGCUCCAACGCAUACCCUCCGUUCCGGCUGCAGCUGCAAACUAUGAGGCACCAUCUACGGGCAGGACGAACGCAACGGCGAGCAAUGAGAACCCAGGUCGCCCUUGUUUUGGCGUUGACGACAGCGACGCAGGUUGCCGCGCAAGCGAGUGCUUUCACGUUUUCUUAUUCCGCAAAUGGAGCAUGGCAAGCCGGUCAGCCCGAAACGGUGACAUUCGUUCUCGAUCGCCUCGUUUCCGACACACUUUUCGUCGAUGCCAUAUAUCUCAGCCCGUUGGGUGCGCCGGCGGGAACUGGCCGUAUUCGAGCAUGUGCCAAUUUGCUGUUUGAUGGAGCGCAGAAGAAUGCACCAUGCGGUGCAGGGUUCUGCACAACGGUGACAUGUACGACGACGAUUCCUUCCGGGUACCCUGCCGUAAACUCGUUCGAUGUGUCGGCUGAAUGGAAGGAUUGCAAGAAAAUGCCGCUGUUGGAUGUUCCUGUGCCUUUCUGUAACGGAGAAACGAGCGUUGAUCGCGCGGCUCCCGUUCAUAUUAGCAGUGCUGGUCCAGCAUCUACAACAAGUGCUUCUACUUCCAUCGCUCCGGCCACUUCUUCAUCUAUUAUUUCAUCGAUAACGUCAACGUCGACAUCAGCCAGCACGACCGCAUCGUCUACGUCCUCGAUAUCGUCUGCCGCCAGCACGUCCUCUGCGGCCACUCCUUCCUCAUCCUCAAAAGUUACGGCCAUGGCCUCCUCAUCUGCAACAUCCAUCGCAACGAGCGCCCCAGUGAACGCGAACCCCGACAGCUCUUCCAGCGGGUCGAACACACCAGCAAUCAUUGGCGGCGUCAUUGCAGCGCUCGCCGUGCUCUUCGCAGGCGGAGGUCUGUUAUGGAGACGGGCCCGCCGGGACAAACAGCUAGACUACGAAUUCGAAACGGCCAAACAGCGUCCGUUCUCCCUCCUCAAGGGCGGCGUGCCACCCCUCAUGAACGCUCCUUCGAACGCCUCAAUGUCUCAGCCAUCACAUUUUGCGGACAAUCGUGACUCUUACCAAGCGUAUCCAAGUUUGGGACGGGGACCCGAGAUGGGUUAUCAGUAUGAUCCUACGGCGUAUGGACCUCCAUCCCCGCGUAUGCAGAACAUCAACAUGGUGCACAAUGUUCCAGCCCAUGUUCACCCGGUGGCCACUGACAGACCGCUGGGUUUGCAUAUUGUUAAUUAGUUCUGCCUUUUUUUUUUUGUAACAUCCCUUUGUAGGUAGAGAGACUGGGAUAGUGUUAUCCCAGAUUCCGUACUGUAGCAAACCAUAUUCCCCCGGUAUCCACCCCUGUAGACACAUAGACUCCUGCUUCCCCCUUACAUAGCUAGCGACACUUGUAAUGUACUGUAUAUACACCGCGAAAUAGGCAUGACUUUCGG